CCAAAGUAAUAACCACUUACUCCAAUGAUUUAAUAAAUCUGAGAUAGACUGUUGUUUCACUGUCGGUGCCAUUGGUAAUGUUAUAUUUUACCUUAGAAACCUCGAACAUUGAUAUGCUGAAAGUACCAAUUUUAGCCUCACUUCCUUCUUUCUUGUUGUAUGCCAGUAAAUCUACUUCUUUCUUGUUGUAUGCCACUUAAUACUCCCAACAAUCAAUCACUUUCUCUUUAGAUUCCUUCAUUUCUCACUCUCUUUUUCACACUUCCAUACUCAUUACUCCCACUUUCAUUAUAUCUUCUCUCUUUUCUUCUCUGUAUUCAUCAUUUCCCUCUUAAGAUCUGCUCCAAUAACCAUUGAAACACACCUCUUUCUAACCAGGUGAUUACUUUUUGAAGUUUGAUACAACGUGGACGGAGUGUAGCUAGCUAUCAUGACUCCUAAACAUGGUAGUCGACGUCGAGGCUCCAUGUCAAUAUUUAUUGUGCUUGGUCUUUGCUGUUUCUGUUAUUUACUUGGAGCUUGGCAAAGAAGUGGGUUUGGCAAAGGGGAUAAUAUUGCCAUGCUGGUGUCCAAGGUAUCCGAAAAGACCGAUUGUAGUAUAAAGACAGAUUUGGACUUUGAGCCUCACCACAAAUUUGUUGGGACUAUUGAAGCCCCUGAGGAGAUAGUUAAAAAGUAUGAGCCAUGUGAUGUAAAAUACAAAGAUUACACCCCAUGUGAGGAGCAGGACCGGGCAAUGAAGUUUCCAAGGGAAAAUAUGGUCUAUAGAGAGAGACAUUGUCCCCCGGCAGAGGAAAAGUUGCGCUGUCUUAUUCCAGCACCUGUAGGAUACACAACUCCGUUCCCCUGGCCAAAGAGCCGGGAUUAUGUGUACUAUGCCAACGUGCCUUAUAAACAUCUUACGGUUGAGAAGGCGGGACAACAUUGGGUGGAAUUUCAAGGCAAUGUAUUCAAAUUUCCUGGUGGUGGAACAAUGUUUCCUCAAGGUGCUGAUGCUUAUAUUGAUGAGCUUGCCAGUGUGAUUCCGAUUAAGGACGGUUCUAUUAGGACGGCUCUAGAUACCGGUUGUGGGGUUGCCAGCUGGGGUGCCUAUAUGCUGAAGAGAAACGUUUUGGCGAUGUCAUUUGCACCAAGAGACAAUCAUGAAGCCCAAGUGCAAUUUGCAUUGGAAAGAGGAGUUCCGGCGAUUAUUGGUGUACUUGGUAGUAUGCAUUUGCCAUAUCCCUCAAGGGCCUUUGAUAUGGCUCAGUGUUCCAGAUGUUUAAUACCAUGGGCAUCAAACGACGGAACGUAUCUAAUGGAGGUGGACCGUGUUCUGAGGCCCGGUGGUUAUUGGGUUUUGUCUGGUCCUCCAAUCAAUUGGAAGACAUAUCAUAAAGUAUGGCAGCGUACAAAGGACGAAUGCAGAGCAGAGCAGCAGAAGAUUGAAGAGCUGGCUGAGCAACUAUGCUGGGAGAAAAAGUAUGAGAAAGGAGAUAUUAUCAUAUUUAGAAAGAAGAUUAAUGCUAAAUCUUGCAAGAAAAAGCCUCAAAAUGUUUGCGAGGCACAAGAUCCGGAUGACGUCUGGUAUAAGAAAUUGGAAACAUGUGUGACACCUUACCCUGAGGUUUCAAGUACAAAUGAGGUAGCUGGAGGAAAGCUGGAGAAAUUUCCUGCGAGGUUAUUCGCAACACCCCCCAGAAUUGCCAAGGGAUUGAUCAUGGGGGUCACAGAAGAAUCAUACCAGGAAGACAGUGCGAAGUGGAAAAAUCACGUCAAAGCUUAUAAAAACCUCAAUAAAUUAAUAGGAUCCUCCAGGUAUCGCAACAUUAUGGACAUGAAUGCAGGCCUUGGUGGUUUUGCCGCUGCACUUGAUUCGCCUAAAUUAUGGGUGAUGAACGUUGUACCUACUAUUGCCGACAAUACUUUAGGAGUGGUAUAUGAAAGAGGUCUCAUUGGAUUAUAUCAUGAUUGGUGUGAGGGAUUUUCUACGUACCCAAGGACGUAUGACUUAAUUCAUGCUAAUCGUUUGUUCAGCAUGUACCAAGAUAAGUGCGAGUAUGAAGACAUACUUCUAGAAAUGGACCGAAUCCUCCGCCCAGAAGGUGUAGUUAUCUUUAGAGAUGCAGUUGACCCUCUAAAUAAGGUUAAGCAAAUCGCUCGAGGCAUGAGGUGGGAUCUCAAGUUGGUAGACCAUGAAGACGGUCCUUUUGUUCCGGAGAAGAUACUCAUUGCUGUAAAGCAAUAUUGGGUUGCGGGUGAAAACAAUAGUACAUCAAGCAAUCGUUAAUCAACUUUUACAAAGGAAGGCUAUAAAACCUUCCUAAAAUAGGCGCAUCAACCGGAGAAGACGUGUCGAGUUCUUCAUAUCACUUGAGCAAUGGAGGUAUGAUUCUUUGCAUGUUUUUGAUUUACUUUGUUACAUUGUUUUAUAUUAUAGGUCACCAUUGCAUUCAAGAAAUGUAAUAUUCUAGGUGAAGUUAUAUUUUGUGGAAAUGGUAGGGUCUCAAAGAUUUAGACCCUUUAGAUUUAUGUAUGCUCAUACCUAAAAAUAGGUUUGAGAUUUUCUACUUGAAAUGUAGCAUUAAUGAAACAAUUGUGAGCUAAAAAAAAAAAAAAAAAAUCAUAGUGGCCCAUAUAUAAUUUAUUUUGAGGCAUAAUUUUGAAUAUUUGGAUGAACCCACCAAUGAUUCUA